AAAAACUGCUCUAUCCAACCAACGCCCGGUGCAUUUUGUUGCAUCAGUUAGGUUCAAAGCUCAUUUCUGGUACCUGCCAACAUUCCCUCUUCUCUGUCUCGGGCUUCCGGUUUGUUCACUCUCCUUCAAUUCCUACGCGUCAGCCCGAGCCGCCCUACGCUGUCAUGGCACGGGCACUCGUUUACAUUACCGUCGCAAGCGUCACCUUCUUCCUCCUCUUUCUUCUCUCCCGAUCAAAUCCCUCCACGUCAACGCCACUCCUCCUCCCUCCACCUCACCACGGCGCCCCUCCCGCCAUGAUCCUUCCUCUCUUUCCUUUUCCCAAGAAUUCUUCUAGAACCUUCUCGCACUCUCGUCGUCACCUCCUGAGAUCCGAUUCUCACUCUUCCCAUCCCAACGCUCGCAUGAGACUCUACGACGAUCUCCUCCUCAACGGGUAUUACACUACGCGGCUAUGGAUCGGGACACCGCCGCAGAGAUUUGCUCUUAUAGUGGAUACGGGAAGCACUGUUACUUACGUUCCUUGCGCUACUUGUGAACAAUGUGGUAGACACCAGGACCCAAAGUUUCAGCCGGAUUUGUCGAGUACCUAUCAACCUGUAAAGUGCAAUUUGGAUUGCAGUUGUGAUACUGACAGGGUGCAAUGUACUUAUGAGAGACAGUAUGCUGAAAUGAGUAGCAGUAGUGGUGUCCUUGGUGAAGAUAUCAUAUCGUUUGGGAAUCAAAGUGAACUUGUGCCCCAGCGUGCUGUUUUUGGUUGUGAAAAUGAGGAAACUGGUGACCUGUACAGUCAACAUGCUGAUGGCAUUAUGGGAUUGGGCCGUGGUGAUCUCAGCGUUGUUGACCAGCUUGUUGAAAAAGGUGUGAUUAGUGAUUCGUUCUCAUUAUGUUAUGGUGGGAUGGAUAUUGGUGGGGGUGCUAUGGUUCUUGGUGGUAUUUCUUCCCCACCAGACAUGGUCUUUAGUUAUUCGGAUCCUGAGCGCAGUCCAUAUUACAACAUAGAUUUGAAAGCGAUACAUGUUGCGGGGAAGCAGCUACCUUUGAACCCAAAUGUCUUUGAUGUAAAGUAUGGAACUGUUCUGGAUAGUGGUACAACAUAUGCUUAUCUACCAGAAGCAGCAUUUGUGGCAUUUAAGAAUGCUAUUAUUAAGGAACUUACUAGCUUAAAGCAGAUCCGUGGUCCUGAUCCAAAUUACAAUGAUAUAUGCUUUUCUGGUGCUAGCAGUGAUGUCUCUGAACUCUCAAAAAUAUUUCCAACAGUUGAAAUGGUAUUUGACAAUCAGCAAAAGUUAUUGUUAGCACCUGAGAAUUACUUGUUUCGGCAUUCAAAGGUGCGCGGUGGAUAUUGCCUUGGGAUCUUCCCAAAUGAAAAGGAUCCUACUACCCUUCUGGGAGGAAUCAUUGUGCGUAAUACUCUUGUUACAUAUGACCGUGAGCAUUUGAAGAUUGGUUUCUGGAAGACUAAUUGUUCUGAGCUAUGGGAAAGGCUUCGCAUAAAUGGUGCACCAUCCCCAUCUCCUUCGUCUUCAAGUGGGAAGGAUAAUUCAACUGUGGAAUCACCACCUACUUCAGCCCCUGAUGGAUCAUCACAUUAUGCUAUUCCAGGGGAAAUUCAAAUCGGUGAAAUUACAUUGGAUAUGUCAUUGAGCAUUGACUACUCCUAUCUAAAGCCUCACAUCAAUGAACUCGCUGAGUUUAUUGCCAAGGAGUUAGAUGUCAAUGCUUCACAGGUGCAUUUAUUGGAUUUUACAUCUGAAGGAAACAGUUCUCUUGUCACAUGGGCCAUAGUCCCUUCAGGAUCAGCUACCUACAUUUCUAAUGUUGCUGCAAUUAGUAUAAUUUCUCAGCUUGCUGAACAUCGUGUGAGGCUUCCUGAUACUUUUGGAAAUUAUCAGUUGGUGCAAUGGAAAGUUGAGCCUUCUGUGCAACAAACAUGGUGGCAGCAGCACUAUUUGGUGGUUCUUUUGGCUAUUAUCAUCACAAUAAUUGUUGGAUUAUCAGCUUCUGGAGUAUGGAUUAUCUGGAGACGCAGGCAACAAGCACUCAAGUUGUAUAAACCUGUUGAUGGAGCAGUUCCAGAGCAAGAACUCCAGCCACUAGAGUCUUAAAAGCUAUUUAUGCUCGAUUAUUAUGCUGAAAGAAGCAUUGUCCAUAGACGGUGGCCAUGGGUUCUGCACCAUUACAGUUUACUGGUCUAAGAGUUUUGCUCGAUGACAGGGAUCGUCCUUUUCUGUUUAUCAUAUCAAGAUAGAAGUACAGAAAAGAAUUCCCCAAGUCAAGUUGUAUGUGAAUAUUAUAACAUGCAAAGUCAAUCAGAAAAGCUCGUCAAUAAAGGGUUUGAUUUCACACAA